UCACUGUCUGGAUGCUGCUGCGAGCGUAAGGUUUACCGGGCUGGACCAACCGAAGCAUCUGCCUGUGUGUCUGCCUGCCCGUCUAACAGGCUUUAUUGUUCCCCAGUGCUGAAAGUGAAGGAAAAUCGCGUUUUAAGGAUAUAACAAAGGAAGUUGAACCAUGUCUUCCAGCUCAGCAACAGUGCGCAUCCUCAUAAAGGGAGGUAAAGUUGUCAACGAUGACUUCACGCAAGAAGCAGAUGUGUACAUCGAGAACGGCAUUAUCCAGCAAGUGGGCAAGGAGCUGAUGAUUCCCGGUGGGGCCAAGGUUAUAGAUGCCACAGGAAAGCUGGUGCUUCCGGGUGGCAUAGACACCAGUGUUCACCUGAAUGAGAGCUUCAUGAACGCCACCACUGCGGAUGACUUCUACAGCGGCACCAAGGCUGCUCUGGCUGGAGGCACGACUAUGGUGAUUGGACACGUGCUGCCAGAGAAGAACGAAUCAUUGCUGGAGGCUUAUGAAAAGUGCCGUUCUCACGCUGAUGCCAAGGCCUGCUGUGACUACGCUCUUCAUGUGGGAGUGACCUGGUGGGGACCAAAGGUUAGGGCUCAAAUGGAGACGCUGGUGCGGGACAAAGGGGUGAACUCUUUCCAGAUGUACAUGGCGUAUAAGGACAUGUACAUGCUGAGGGACAGCGAGCUGUUUCAGGCCCUGCAGAACUGUAAGGAUAUCGGUGCUGUGGCCCGAGUCCAUGCGGAGAAUGGAGAGCUGGUUGCAGAGGGUGCCAGAGAAGCGUUGGAUCUGGGUAUUAGUGGACCGGAGGGCAUUGAGAUAAGCAGACCUGAGGAGCUGGAAGCAGAGGCCGUCCACCGAGCCAUAACCAUCGCUAACAGAGCCCACUGUCCAAUAUAUCUUGUGAAUGUGUCCAGCAUGUCAGCAGGGGAUGUUUUAGCAUCUGCUAAAAUGCAGGGGAAAGUGGUGCAUGGAGAGACCACCACUGCGCAUGCUGUGUUAAACGGGCUGCAGUACUACCACCAGGACUGGGCCCACGCAGCUGCUUUCGUCACUGUGCCACCACUCAGACUUGACCCCAACACACCCAAUUACCUGCUGCUUAGCCUUCUGGGAAAUGACACUCUGAACGUCGUGACAUCGGACCACCGACCCUUCACCACCAAACAGAAGGCGAUGGGCAAAGACGACUUCACUAAAAUCCCUCACGGUGUUCCUGGGGUGCAGGACCGCAUGAGUGUUAUUUGGGAGCGGGGAGUGGUCGGAGGCAAGAUGGAUGAGAAUCGUUUUGUUGCUGUCACAAGCUCCAAUGCUGCAAAGAUCUACAACCUUUAUCCCAGGAAGGGGAGGAUCAUCCCUGGAGCUGAUGCUGAUGUGGUCGUCUGGGAUCCAGAAUCAACAAGGACCAUCUCUGUGACAACUCAAUGGCAGGGUGGUGAUGUAAAUCUGUACGAGAACCUACGCUGUCACGGCGUCCCACUGGUAACCAUCAGCCGCGGUCGUGUGGUCUAUGAAAACGGCAUCUUCACCUGCGCUGAGGGAUCAGGAAAGUUCUACCCUCUCCGAACCUUCCCAGACUACCUCUACAAGAAAAUGGUCCAGAGGGAGAAGUGUCAAGCACUCAAGGGGGUGGAGCGUGCGCCCUACACUGGAGACGUAGCUGCAGUGCAGAAUUCAGGAAAGAAGGAUGUGGGUCCUUCAGAUGGGGACAUGACCCCACGACCCUGCACACGCCACGGGGGAAUGAGAGACCUACAUGAGUCCAGCUUUAGUUUGUCUGGUGCCCAAAUUGAUGAUAAUGUUCCAAAGAGAGCUUCCGCAAGGAUUCUGGCGCCACCUGGUGGUCGUUCUAGUGGAAUCUGGUAACGACACUUACGGAAGUCUGCAACUAAACACCUACAUUCUCUACAACCUCACAUCUGAUGAAAAUGAUUUAAUUUUAAUCACUUGCAACUAAAUUCCUGUGUUUUUCUAUAUAUGUGUGUGUACGAGGGAAAAAAAUAUAUUUGUGUGGAAACUGGAAAACAAGGUAUUCGUUGGAAGAGAUUUGGUAAUCCAAAAUGUUACAGGGUGUUUUGUUUUUCAUAUUCUGUCAAAUGAAAUAGUGAAGGUUGUGUUCAAAUGCGACACCGUUGUAGUGCUAAAUAAAUGACAGACCCUUUUACUAAUUGUUUACCACAUUAACAACAAACGUAAGCUGCCGUUUAAAGAUAGCGACUGGAAAUUUGCUUAAAAAUGAGAACGUUAUUAGUUUGUGUAUUUGGUCAUGGCUUGAAAAUGUGAACCAUUGUAAAGUUAUUUAAUAUUUUAACUGUUUUAAUGUGUUGGCAGAUGACUAUACAUUUACCUCAGUGUUUAUCUCUGGAGUUACACUUACGUACAUUAGCACUCUGCCUCUCUACACUUACAACUCUUACAGUGACCAAUUGACAACACCUUCUGACAGCAGGUACAAACCAGUUUUGCUUUGCGUUGAGAUGUUAAUAUUUGUUCUUCUUUUUAUGAUCUUAUUUUUGACACUCAUAAUUUAAAGGCAAUACAAGGUGAUAUUUCUAUGACACAGGUCACUUGUAUUGCUUAUACAUUUAUAUGAAGCAUUUUAAAUUUUCCUAAUGUCGCUUAUAAGCACACGUACCUGACCUAAUAAAAUGUGAAUUAAGACGAAUUGUUUACUAUGUUACAUAUCAAAUUUAGUUGUGUAACUAAUCUAAAAAUUGAGCAAUCUCUCGUUUUUAACUGACCUACAGUAUACAUUCCCUGUUUCUGUUACGGGCACUUACGAGUUAUUCGUCAUAAUUUUUCCAGUGGAGCUUUAUGUUUAUUCUAGGAUUAACUGUUAGCUGAACACUGUAGUGACAGUUGAAUUCCAUCAGUUGUUCACUGAACUUUAACACUGUGCAUUAGUAAUAUUGAUCUGCAUGUUUCAAAACAAGUCAGAAAAAUUCUGCUUCACUUCUGAUCAACGAGCUGCACAACCACUAACCGACCCGUUAAAAGACACCAGAUAGCUGACUGAGGCAUGUGUUCUUCUUGUACAUGUAUGUCUAACUAAGCACUUGAAGACCUUCUGUAGAGACCGUUUGAAACACAGUAACUUUAGCUGUACGACUCGAUGUUCCAGUGACACAAGCAGUAGAAUGGCAAGAACAUUUCUGUUGGUGCUGAAUAUUCAUGUAUUUUUUUAUUCUGGAUUUUCAGUAUGCUUUUCAAUUUUUUAAUAUGAGCUGUGUAUGCACUACAGUUGUACGUAUUAACGUAUUAUGUUUAUCUCAUGAAAAAAGUGCAAAUAAACCCCCUUCAACCUCA